AUGGUGAUAUCGGUUACGCCCGUUGAAAUUCCUUAUUCAGAUUCGAACGAUGCUUCUGAUAGUGGAGACCUUAUCGACGAUGAGAGCAUCCGACGAAUUGAGGUCGAUAUUGAGGCGUUUCCAAUGGAAUCUGGUGACCGGGAAGGAGUUGUCAAUAUGCUCACACAGAUCUUUUUGAGAGCGGACAUCGAUCUUGAGACGUUCGCGGACUCCAUCAUCGCUCAGAGUCCUCUUGGAUUAGUCUUUGGGCCGGCAGAAGAUCAUAGUGAAGAAGAUAAUGAGAACGUUGUGUAUGGAGUCGUCACUGCAGUGUCGCUGAACAACCUGGGCAAUGCACCGAAAUUUAUGAAGGAUAUCUUAGAUUUUCUGGAGAUGAAAUCGCGCAACUUCGCAUUGAAGGAAUUCCGUGACGCGCUCGAAGUGGCGAAGACUAAACGGACUGGGAUUUUCAUAAACGAGAGGAUGUUGAACUUUCCCUAUCAAAUAGUCAAGCCGUCAUUCAGUAGUAUCAGAGGAAAAUGGCGAUUCGCGACUUAUCAAAUGCUGAUGUCAUCUUCGACAAUGCUGAAGACAGAGUUUUGUACCAGGUAUCUUCCUUUCUCUAUGUUUCGUUCUAAUUUUUCAUUCUCACCACCUCCUCUGUUUGAGUUCCUUCAUCCCUUUCAGAUAUGUGAAGGUGAAGCAAAUUUUUUCGAUUAUCCAGUUCACAGUGAAGUGGAAAGUUCGAGCAAGUUUCAUAUCCUUGUAAAAGAUGGCAAAUCUUACAAGCCCUAUCGCAGAGUCGUAGUUAUGGAUAUUAAGAGGUUGGUGCAUGAUUGGUUUCCAAUUGUAGACAUGUAG